UUGUUAUUCAUGUAAUCAUGUCAUUUUGUUUUACGUCAAAAAUGGAGGAGGAUCGUCUUUUUGAUGAGCGAAUUUCAAUUCGGGAAUCUGCUCGACCUUUAAAAAAGUAUGGGAGUACAUGCAACCAUAUGAAAAGGAACGAAGAAUAUAUUAAACAUGUGAUGGCAAAGGGUGACACUUUACAAGGAAUUGCUUUGAAAUAUGGUGUUACUAUGGAAAAAAUAAGGCGAGCCAACCGGUUGUUUACUACGGAUAGUUUGUUUUUGAGAGAAUAUUUGUUGAUCCCAGUGACCAAAGAUUCUCCAUUUUACGAGAACGGCGAGAGGGUCACAGAGCUUGCUCCGCCGAGUCAUCGUGCAUCUAUCGCUGGUAUGCCAACUAGAGACUUUUCACCAGGGAGUCCAGAUGAAAAAGAGUCCUUCGAUAAUUUCCUCAACAGAUUGGACUCUUCCAUUGCUAACAUCAAGAAGCAUGUAGAGAAAACCAAGGAGAACAGUGAGUUUGUGAAAGACUUGGAAGACGGUUUUGUAAGGCACCGGCCGACGGCACGUCUCAGGCAAUCGGCAUCGAUGGGAGCUUCGACGUCCUAUAAUGAGGUCAUCCCGCCGCCCUUACCGCCUCCGCCCUCAGCGCUGACACAAGGCCGGCGGGUGGACAGCUCCUUGAAGCGUCUGGAAAGGGCACACGAUGAUUUGUUCCAAUUGUAGCGGCCAAGACAGCGCAGAUAUGCGCGACUAGAGUGAGCCCGAUACUUCAUAACUGAACAACAGUCAUCGAAUGUAUCGGCUACUGGAAUAAUUUCAACUCGGAAGUGUAUGAACUGAAUACGCUUGGUGAGUUCAUUGCGAGGUCACGGCGAGUGAUAUUAGAUAAUAAAUAAUUGUAAAUUAAUUUCUGUUUGUUAACAUUGACCAUUUUGGUCCUUCGAGCCGGAUGAGCAGCUUGUAUUGUACGCAAUGAUAGGAUGGUGUGUAAAUUGUUGAAGAAUUGCUUUGCUGAAUUAGAACAAAAAAUGUAGAGAUUAACUCUUCAUAAUUGGUAUAUAAUCUAUAAAAUGUAGGUGUCUAUCUAUCUAUACACUAGCUGAAUUAAAGUAGUCGUUAUACCAAGAACUAGUAAGCACGUUGUAGAAGUUUGUUGUUCAACUAACCAUCCUAUCACUUGCAUUUGUCAAUAGCCCGAUCCCCGAGGAUAAGUUAAUAAAAAACUGAAGCGUAUAUGUAUUUAUGACGUCCUCGUUGUCUACGUCACGAACCGUCUGACAAAAAAAAAUCAACUAAUACUAUUAUAACAUUAUAAAUAUAUGUAUAAUAAUAUAAAUGUAAUAUAAGCAUAGCGAAUUAUUUUAACGUAAUUAAUCUUGCUUAUCCGUUUACGUAUUUAUAAUAAACUCUUAGUUAUAAAAAAAUGUAAUCUAUGUACAAUAUUUAUAUAUAAAGUGUAUUGACGUUGUGUGCUGUGGAAAUUUCAUCUCCACUCGUCCAUGUGUUUACAUAAUGAAAUAUUUAAAAUUAGAUAGCAAACUGUUAUUGCUGUGAAUCAUAUGUACCAAGGUCACAAGAUCACAGAUAAAAAAAUCUCUAUUUGCUUCGAAGUAAUACACUAACAGAGUUAUAAAAAUGUGUUAUUUCUUCUGCCACGUAUUAAAAAAAUGUUGUAUAAUUAUAUUUAAAAAAUAUCAAUAAAUUUAUAAGUAACAGUAACAGCCUGUUAAUGUCCCACUGCUGGGCUAAUGCCUCCUCUCCCUUUUUGAGGAGAAGGUUUAAAUUUAUAAAAGUGACCAUUAUUAAUUUGUAUACAAUCCUUAGCCAACCCCCUCGUUAACGUUAAAUUUCCCACUGGGCAAAAUAUAUUUCAAAUAUGGACACAUCUAUAUGUAUGUAUGAUUCUAUAUAAAUAUUUUUUAUAAACAAAAUUUGAAUAAUUUGGGUCCAUCUAUUGUUUAACUCCUGGAAUAAGUCCUCGGAAAAGCGAGUACCCUUUUUUUAUUACAUUAUUAUAUAAUUUAAACGAGUACAUAAGGUUUUGCUAUGAUAUAAAUAUACAAAACAGUUUUAGAUCAAUACUUAUCCUGCCUCGGAAUCAAUCAAAAAUACAUUAAUAGUUUUAUUCAUAUAAAAUAUAAAUUAAUCUAAAUUGAAAAAAAAAAACUACCAAAGGAAUUUGAUGUUAAAUUGGUAAUUGUUUUUAUUUCUGAAUUUUAUAUUUUAAAUAAAAAAAAAACAAAUGUGAAAAGUUUAUUGUUUUAGAAAGUAAUGAAUAACUAUGUAUUUAUUUUAACAUAAUAUGUGAUAUUUUUAAGUCAUGUUGCUGAUUCUAUCUAUGAAAGAAACGAGAUCCUUUGAAUUAAACGGCAUCUUAAAUUUUACUACUCUAUACCAUAUCCGUAUGUAAUAAAUGCUUGAUAAAUAUUUUAAACUUUUUUUCUAAAUUAAUAUGUGACGUGAUUUCAUAAUGAUGAGAAAUGUUUGUAAUAAUCUACAAGUUACUUUUUAUAACCUUAAUAAGAUUAUCGUUGAAUGACGUUUUUUUUUUGUUAGUAAGAGCAAAUAUUUUGAUAUAUGUAAUAUCUAAUUGUAAUAUCAUUACACGAAGUUUGUGGUUAUAUCGUAUAAAUAACUGUCGGCACUAAUUAAUUAUAUUGGUGUUUAAAAUUUAAUGAAUGUUGAGCUUGAUAGAAUAUAUUAAUAAAAUAUAAAUAAUCACAUCUGUUAGAUUUAAGGAACUUUCUAUCGAGUCAUUGAUGUUAAUCUUUAAUA